AUGACCUCCAGCUGGACAGAUCGUGCGGAAGCCAAAAGAAGUCAAUUGUCUAAUGCCAUUCCUAGCGAGUGGAGAGUUCAAAAACUACCGAGCGGCGACUCGGCGUUUGAAUACACCAAGACAUGCGGGAUACUCUCUCCCGAAGAACUGAGUAUCAUUUCUUCCUCAGCCACGGAUCUUGUUUCACAAUUAUCAACUGGAAAACUGCGAGCCGUUGAUGUGACCCUUGCUUUUUGCAAGUCUGCAGCCAUUGCACAGCAGCUGACGAACUGCAUGCACGAAUUCUUCCCUGAGGAUGCACUAGCGCAGGCAAAACAGCUUGAUCAGUACUAUAGUGAGCACAAGAAACCUGUAGGGCCGCUACAUGGCCUUCCUAUUUCCCUGAAGGACCAGCUUCGUGUCAAGGGAUACGAAACAUCCAUGGCAUAUAUAUCCUGGCUGGGAAAAAGCGACGAACAGGAUUCCAUCCUCACCAACCUUCUGCGCAAAGCAGGUGCGGUCUUCUAUACCAAGACCAGCGUUCCCCAGACUCUAAUGGUUUGUGAGACUAUCAACAAUAUCAUCGGUAGGACCACUAACCCACGCAACAAAAACUGGUCUUGCGGUGGAAGCUCCGGAGGAGAGGGUGCCAUGGUUGGUAUGCGUGGGGGGAUUAUUGGAGUGGCCACAGAUAUAGGUGGCUCCAUUCGGGUUCCUGCUGCCUUUAAUUAUCUGUAUGGAAUCCGCCCCAGUCAUGGAAGGUUGCCAUACGGACGUAUGGCAAAUAGUAUGGAGGGCCAAGAGACUGUUCCUAGCGUCGUGGGUCCAAUUGCCCAUUCCGCUGCAGAUAUCCGGCUGUUCAUGACGGCGGUGCUUCACGAAGAGCCGUGGAAAUACGACUCGAAAGUCAUUCCCAUGCUGUGGAGGUCCGAAGAGGAAGUAGCAGUGAAGAAAAAGAUUGAGGCCGGGGAACUGGCUGUUGGAUUCUAUAAGUCUGAUGACAAUGUACUUCCACAUCCUCCGAUCCUUCGAGGCGUUGACAUGGUUGUUGAUGCCUUGAAGCGGAACGGACACAAAGUGGUGCCUUGGGCACCUUACAAGCAUGCCUUUGCUGUUGACAUGGCCAAUAUCAUAUACGCAGCGGACGGUGGCACUGACGUCGCGCGUCAUAUCAGUGCCUCUGGGGAGCCUUUCAUUCCCAACAUCAAGGAAUUGCUGAACCCCGAUAUCAAGAAAAGGGACCUAAAUGAGGUAUGGGAUGUACAAUUGCAAAAAUGGAAUUAUCAGAUGGAGUAUCUCGAAAAAUGGAGUGAGGUCGAGCAGCAGCUUGGUUCGGAGCUGGAUGCCAUCGUCGCUCCUGUCAGUGCAACUGCCGCUAUUCGCCAUAAUCAAUUCAAGUACUAUGGCUACGCAACCGUCUUUAAUGUGUUGGACCUGACGAGUGUUGUUGUUCCUGUCACCCUUGCCGACCGGAAUCUCGAUCCGAAAAAGGAGAAUUACCAGCCUUUGAAUGAGUUAGAUGAAGUGGUGCAGGCUGAGUACGACGCUGACGCUUACCAUGGGGCUCCUGUGGCAAUCCAGGUCGUUGGCAGGCGAUUAAGUGAGGAAAAGACAUUGGCCAUCGCGGAAGAGAUAGGCAGAUUGCUGGGUAACAUGGUGACUCCUUGA